AUGAAGCUGGUCUAUUGUGACAUUAAAGUGGUUCAAGACCUCCACAAUGAGGGGGUGAAGAGGAAGGCGGAGCCCGACUAUGAGCUGCUCCCUAAAGAUCACGAUCUCAUCAGGACCGUGCUCCCAAGGGAAGGAACUGUUUUGAAGAAUGAAAUGAUCCGGUUGUCUCCAAGCAUGCCAGCCAUUAGCACAACUGAUUUAUUGUGGAACUGGACAGAGGAUCCAACCAUGCAAAGUAUCAUUUUCAAAGCAACAUUGGAUACGAAAAAUGUUACCAAACUUUGUGACUGGGUCCUUUGUAACUCAUUUUACGAGCUGGACCCGUGGUUCUGUGACUUGAUUCCCAUCAAGAGCCUUCCUGUAGGUCCACUGCUUUCAAGCGUCUUACCUGGGGGAACAAUCGGAAGCCUCUGGCAGGAGGAUUCCACCUGCAUAAGCUGGCUAGACCAUCAACCUGCCCGCUCCGUCAUUUAUGUUGCCUUUGGAAGCCUUGCAACAUUCAGCCAGCGCCAAUUUGAUGAACUAGCAGCUGGGCUCCAGCUUGCCGCUACGCCAUUCAUAUGGGUUAUUCGGCCAGAUUUCAUGAAGGGGUCUACCAGAAACCAAGAUGAAUUUAGGGAUGGAGUAGCUCAUUGUGGAAAGAGAGUGAGUUGGGCUCCUCAACAAAAGGUUCUGGGUCACCCUUCUGUUGCCUGUUUCUUAAGCCAUUGUGGUUGGAACUCGAUAAUGGAUGGUUUAAGCGUGGGGGUUCCCUUUCUAUGUUGGCCUCAAUUUGCCGAUCAGUUCUUUAACAAACACUUGAUUUGUGACGUUAGGAGGGUUGGUUUAGAUUUGGAGAGAGACGAAAAUGGGAUAGUAACAAGAGAUGAAAUCAAGAGUAAGGUAAAGAAAUUGCUUGAUGGUGAUACUACAAUAAUAUUGAACUAG